GGUAGUAGCAAAUGUGUAUCUACCAUUAACUGUAAGGGUUAAUAUGGGGUUGCAGAAAUGUGACAUAGUAAUAUGAUAUAAAGCAAAGACAGAAGCAAGAGUCGAAGCAUGGCCAUCACACCCUAGAAAUGGAUCAUCAGAGAGUAAAGCAGAUAAAGAAAAUCCAGCUUUACUUGCAUUUGAAUUACACAUUCAAAUAUAUCUUAUUCAUGUCAUUUUUCUGAAACAUUUUUUCCCCUUUUGGUUCAUGAACAGUUAGCCUACCCUUCAGCAGAUGGCAACAUGGUCCCCUUCUUGCCUGGACCAGUGGACAUGAACAUCGUGGAGAGCCAGGCAGUGGACCUGGACUAUAUCAACUCCACCUACUCUCGUGGCCACCUAAACCCUAGUCUUCAUCACCAGACCUACCAGUGCCGGUCUGCCACAUUCACSCUCACCAAUGUGGUUCCGCAGAAGAAAUGGUCUAAUGAUGGACCCUGGGAAGUCCUAGAGCUUACYGUCAACAAGACCUUGGCAGCCUACUGCCUUGGAGAAGCCUACAUAGUGACAGGCAUCAUGCCCUACCAGAAAGAAGAGCACUGGAUGAAGAAUCGGGUGGCAGUGCCAGAAUACCUCUGGUCUGCAUACUGCUGCCCAAAUUAUAACCAGAGUAUUCCUGACMGACUGAAAGAUGCCUUYCCCACCUUCGCUGCUAUUGGACGCAAUGACCCCAACAGCACAGAGGAGAUUGUUCCAAUAGACAAGACGGCUAAGAAAGUGUACAGGGGAUAYGAUGUGAAACAGAUGUCUCUGGACUCGCUUGAGAUGUACCUGAAGGACAGAUUCGAUACAGUCAUCAGUGUUUUUAAUGAGCAAUGUGGUUAAUCAGAUUACGUGCUAGUAAAAAUUAUUGUUCUGAUCUGAAUUUUAUUCAACUGAAAGCUAUGAGACAUGUUCUGCCUUGUAACCUAAACUCACUGUUAACUUGAGUGUCAGAAACUCCAUCAGCUGCUUGUGAUACUGUGGUUCCACCUGUAAUGAUACCACAAAGUCCUUCAGUACCUGUUCCAACCAUGCCAACUCCUUAUCGCAUGUUUAAUUUGCUGCAUUUUGUUUUCUUACGGAAAAUUGCUACCUUAUAAACGGUGUCUGCAAACUUACCMCUUYUGACCACUAGAUGGAGUCGUGGAGCUGUAUGUGUGAGGGCAUUCUCGCUCAUAGAUUUUUUUAAAUAUAAUUUUGUAUUGUACUAUAACUUACCGAUAAAAUGAAUAAUUGAAUGAAUAAACUUUCUGUUUACAGAAAAAAUGUCCACUUCA